UUCUGGGGCUGGGGGAGAACUGGGGGGCACGGACCACAGCACUAACCCAGGGCUCCAGCUUGACUCACGGCCUGGGGCGGGAGCCAGGAGCAUUAUGGCCAAGUGGCCAGAGCCACGGUCCCCCUUGGGUGGAAUGGUGCCUCUAAAAUUGGGAGUCCAGGACUCCUGGGUCUUGUUUUCCCAGGACCCUUCCUUUGCAGUCCCUGAAACGCCCCACCCCAGCUGGUGCCUCAGUUUCCUCUUUAGAGGGCUAGGGGAUUGGGCUAGGGGAAGUGGGCCAGCCUAUGGGGGAAGUUGGCUCAUGGACACCCCCUUGUCUGUUACUCUGCAGAGUGAAGGCCCCAGACCUCGAACUGACCCUGCUGCCGCAGAGCAAACCCCUUCCUGUGCCUUGGGCUUCUUUCCCAGGCCUCUGCCCAGGUGUGCUGUGCCCAGUGGGCAGGAGGCAGGGGCCACCGUGAGGCCCUGGAUGCGGGGCCCCCCAGGACCCUCUGCACAGCACCCCAAGAGAUACCCCCGGUGAGGCCGACUCUCCCAAGGCUCCGUGCCCGGUGCCUAGGCGAGCCAGGGACAUCGAUGGAGGAGAAUGAGGUGGAAAGCAGCAGCGACGCAGCCCCCCGGCCUGCCCAGGAGGAGCCCUCGGAGAGCGGGCUGGACGUGGGCACCUCCGAGGCCGUGUCAGCCGACAGCAGUGAUGCCACUGCUGCUGCCCCAGGGCCCGGCCUCUUGUCAGAGGCGGAUGAUUCUGUCGUAGGGCAGAGCUCAGACCACGGCACCCGUUCCUUGGAGGAAGUAUCUGAGAGCAGCUCCAGCCGGGAUGCCACCCCUCAGGGUUAUCUGCCAGACUCAUCCUCCAUCGGCCCAUCGGCAUUAGUGUCAAGUGGAUCAGCUGGAGCCCCAGUGCUGGUGCACUCCAGUGUUCUUGCUGAUGGUGCCAUGCUGGUCUCUGACUCUACUGCCUCCUCCUCUGACUUGGGUUCUGCUAUUGACAAGAUCAUUGAGUCAACUAUUGGGCCAGACCUUAUUCAGAGCUGCAUCGCGGUGACAAGUGCAGAAGAUGGUGGCGCCGAAACCACCCAGUACUUGAUUCUUCAGGGCCCAGACGAUGGUGCCCCCAUGGUGUCCCCGAUGUCCAGCUCUGCUCUGGCCCACAGCUUGGCAGCUAUUGAGGCUCUGUCCGAUGGCCCCACGUCUACCUCUACUUGCUUGGAGCCAGCUGAGGCUCAGGAGUGCUCCCCACCCACUGAGCCCCCUCUAGGCCCCUCGGAGGAGCCAGACCUGCAGAGCCUAGAGGCCAUGAUGGAGGUGGUGGUUGUACAGCAGUUCAAGUGCAAAAUGUGCCAAUACCGCAGCAGCUCUAAGGGCACCCUGCUCAGACACAUGCGGGAGAGGCACUUCCGCCCUGCUUCUACAACAUCAGCAUUGAAGAAGGGGCGUUCCAGGAAGUGGGGAGCUUCAGCUAAACCCCAGGAGGAAGAAGGGCCAGAGGAGGAGGAAGACGAUGACAUUGUCGAUGCUGGAGCCAUUGAUGACCUGGAAGAGGACAGUGAUUACAACCCUGCAGAAGAUGAACCCAGGUCCCGGCAGCCACGCCCCCAGCGUCCCAUACCCACAUCUAGUGCUGAACGGCCCCGAAGGAGGCCUGGGAGGCCUCGAAAGCUGCCCCGCCUAGAUCUCCCCACCCCUCCAGAGGGUGUGGAAGCAGAGUCACUGGUCAGCUCUCAGAGUGGACAAAGCCUCCCAGAGUUGCAAGGACCUGAGGCCACCAGCUCCUCAGGCCCAGAGCCCUGUGGGAACAGUGAGGGGCCUGCCGAGCCCAGCGUGAGCCAGUCAGAUGCAGAGAACACGGCCCCUAACAGCAGAGAUGACUCAGACGCACCGCCCCGACGGCGAGGCCGGCCCUCUCGUCGCUUCCUGGGCAAGAAGUACCGCAAGUACAUGGGGCAAAGAUACUAUUAUAAGUCCCCCAAGCCACUGCUGAGACCCUACCUUUGUCGAAUUUGUGGCUCCCGCUUCCUAUCCCACGAGGACCUUCGUUUUCACGUUAACUCCCACGAGGCUGGAGACCCCCAGCUCUUCAAAUGUCUGCAGUGCAGUUACCGCUCCCGCCGCUGGUCCUCUCUCAAGGAGCACAUGUUCAACCAUGUGGGCAGCAAACCCUACAAAUGUGAGGAGUGCAGCUAUACCAGCGUGUACAGGAAGGAUGUCAUCCGGCACUCAGCUGUGCAUAACCGGGACCGGAAGAAGAGGCCGGAACCUCCCCCGAAACUGAGCUCCUUCCCCUGCCCUGUGUGCAGCAGGGUCUAUCCAAUGCAGAAACGGCUCACGCAGCAUAUGAAGACACAUAGCACCGAGAAGCCCCAUAUGUGUGACAAGUGUGGAAAAUCUUUUAAGAAGAGAUACACUUUCAAGAUGCAUUUACUGACACAUAUCCAAGCCAUUGCAAACCGCAGGUUCAAGUGUGAGUUUUGUGAGUUUGUCUGCGAAGACAAGAAGCUUCUACUGAAUCAUCAGCUCUCCCACGUCAGUGACAAACCUUUCAAGUGCAGCUUCUGCCCCUACCGGACCUUCCGAGAAGAUUUCUUGCUUUCUCAUGUGGCUGUCAAACACACAGGAGCCAAGCCCUUUGCCUGUGAGUUCUGCCACUUCACUACAAGGCACAAGAAGAACCUCCGGCUGCACGUGCGCUGCCGGCAUUCGGCCAGCUUUGAGGAGUGGGGCCGGCGCCAUCCUGAGGAGCCACCAUGCCGCCGCCGCCCUUUCUUUUCAAGGCAGCAGAUAGAGGAGCUAAAGCAGCAGCAUGGGCAGCACCCUGUGCUUCCUGGGCCUGCCACCCUUGACCCUCCAGGCUCUCCAGAGGCUCCUGAAGAGUCAGCACCUCCUGAGACCUCCCCUCUGCUGUGUCCUGAGGCCCUAGGGGGUGCCACCAUCAUCUACCAGCAAGGAGCUGAAGAGUCCACAGCGUUGGCCACUCAGACAGCUCUAGACCUACUGCUGAAUAUGAGUACCCAGCGGGAGCUGGGGGGAGCUGCGCUACAGGUGGCUGUAGUGAAAUCAGAUGGCAUCCAGGCAGAGCUCUCCUCCCCUCCUGGAGAGUCCAGCCCCCCAGGAGCCUCUCCUCAGGUGGUCACCCUGCAUGUGGCUGAGCCUGGGGGUAGCUUUGCUGGGGAGGGACCAAUGGGAGUGUCUGACCUGCAGCAGAUCACCCUAGCCCCAGUACCAUACAGUGGAACUAGCUACAGCGUCAUUGCAGCUCCUUCUAUGGAAGAGGGGACCUCUGCCCCGGGGACCCCAUACAGCCAGGAGCCCCCAGGGGAGGCUGCGCAGGCUGUGGUGGUGAGUGACGCCUUGAAGGAGCCUAGCACCCACUAUAUCAUGGCGGCAGAUGGGACCCAGCUACAUCACAUUGAGCUGAGUACAGAUGGAGGUGUUUCCUUCUCAGGCCCAGGGGCUUCCGAUACUCCAGACCCUGGGACUAAGUGGCCCAUAUUGCAGUGUGGAGGACAGCCAAUGGGCAGAGAUGGCCCCCCUGCACCUCCCUCCCCAGCAAGAGCCCUCAGGGCUGGGGUUACUCCAGCUGAGGGCCGAGGGCCGCCUGCCUCGACUUCCCCACCUCUGCCAGCCACAAAAGCCUUGGGCCUGGUGGUUCCUUCGCCACCCCCGUCUUCCUCAACAGCAGCAGCCACCACCGCCAAGAAGUUUUCCUGUAAGAUCUGUUCAGAGGCCUUCCCAGGUAGGGCCGAAAUGGAGAGCCACAAACGAGCCCACACCGGGCCCAGCACCUUCAAGUGUCCUGACUGCCCAUUCGUUGCUCACCUGUGGCCUGAGGUUCGGGCCCACAUGGUCCAGCAUUCAAGCCUUCGGCCCCACCAGUGCAGCCAAUGCAGUUUUGCCUCCAAGAAUAAGAAGGACCUUCGGCGGCACACCCUCACCCACACCAAUGAGAAGCCUUUCUCCUGUCACCUUUGUGGGCAACGCUUCAACCGAAAUGGCCACCUCAAAUUCCACAUACAGCGGUUACACAGCCCAGAUGGAAGGAAGCCGGGCCCCCCAGUGCCCAGGGCCCCUCCCCGUGCCUCCACCCAGACCAUCAUCCUCAAUAGUGAUGAUGAAACACUGGCUACACUGCAUACUGCCCUACAGUCCAGUCAUGGAGUGCUGGGCCCUGAUCGGCUCCAGCAAGCCUUGGGUCAGGAACACAUCAUUGUGGCCCAGGAACAAACAGUAUCCAAUCAGGAGGAAGCCACUUAUAUCCAGGAGAUCACUACUGCAGAUGGACAGAUGGUACAGCACCUGGUAACCUCAGAUAACCAGGUGCAAUACAUCAUUUCUCAGGAUGGGGUACAGCAUCUCCUCCCCCAAGAGUAUGUGGUAGUUCCUGAGGGGCAUCACAUUCAGGUGCAAGAGGGACAGAUCACUCAUAUACAGUAUGAGCAGGGGACUCCUUUCCUGCAGGAAUCCCAGAUUCAGUAUGUCCCUGUGUCUCCAGGACAACAGAUUGUCACUCAAGCUCAGCUAGAGGCUGCUGCCCACUCGGCUGUCACAGCUGUGGCUGAUGCUGCCAUGGCCCAGGCUCAGGGCCUCUUCAGCACGGAAGAGGCAAUGCCAGAGCAUAUCCAGCAGCUGCAGCAUCAAGGCAUCGAGUAUGAUGUUAUCACACUGACUGAUGACUGAAGGGACACAAUGAGAGCAUGGAGAAGCAAAGAUGCCAUGAGGCAGUCCUCCCAGAGGGUCUCACAGAGUCCUCCUUGCCAACUGUGGGAACCAGGCAAGUGUCCCUGACUUCCUAAUGAACUUGGGCCUGCCUGGGUGCUAGGGCUAACAGGGCACCGGUGUGGUAAGGUGCUGCUGACCCCCUGGCCCUGGAGAAAGCGGGGCACCAGGGCCUGCGGGCAGGCUUCUGAGAGAGAAAUCUAUUUUUGUUUGGAUAGAUCAGCUGGUAUGUCUGUCUGAAUAAAGAAAAGGGAUUGAGUCCAGCCCUGGCCAGUUUUGCUGGAAUGGGGUCGUUCUCUUUCCUGCUUUCUCUUUACUGUGUGGUGGUGGUGGUGGGAAAAGAUCCUGGUGGUCAGCCACCUACUACCGUUAACAGAAUGUCAGCCCUCUGCUGUUGCCAGAGCAGCAGCUCUGGACCUUUCCUGCUGGUGGCGCUC